UUUAUAUCUAUCGACAUACAUUAUAAAAUUAAAUAUCAGUCAUUGUUUAAGAUACAAUUGACAUAAAGAACAGGGAAAGUCGGGACAAGGGAGGACCAAGACUAGGUUCUAAGAAGUACCAUUACUACAUAUCUGAAAAAGAAACUAUGGUGGCAUCUAUAUAUGUGUUUUACGAUGAAGCCAAUGGGUACUUCAAGAUUGGCCAAAGCGUUGAUGUAGGACGGAGACUACAUGAAGUACGAUCGCGGCAUCCACAUACUGUUGAAGUCAUGAGAUGCCCGGUGGGACCUGGCAUGGAGUUAAUUGCGGAGAAUUCUGCACAUUCACAAGUGCAGAUCCGGCUGGGAAUGCAGAAAGUUCAAUACGAUCAGAAUGAUUCUGAUUGGUUCAAAAACCCACAGGGCUAUUCUGCGGCCCAAGUGGUGGCAGUAGUGACAUCAGCCAUUGGUCAGUAGAGAAUGAACAACAAAGAACUGACUUGUAAUUUUUCAUGAUUAAAUGAUUUCAGAGGGAUAAAAGUUUGACUCUUUUGACCUGUAAUUAGCAA